GGGUCCGGUAUGAGGAGGUGACUCCAGUGUCUUUGUGUCACCUGGGGACCCCACAGCUCCCGAACACAACAUGGCUAUCGCACACAUCGCCACGGAGUACGUCUUCUCCGACUUCCUGCUGAAGGAGCCGCCCGAGUCCAAGUACAAGGGGCUGCGGCUGGAGCUGGCUGUGGAUAAGAUCGUGUCCUGUAUCGCGGUGGGGCUUCCCCUGCUGCUCAUAUCGCUGGCCUUCGCGCAGGAGAUCACCAUGGGUGCUCAGAUCAGCUGCUUUGCCCCCAGCUCCUUCUCAUGGAGACAGGCUGCCUACGUGGACUCCUUCUGUUGGGCAGCCGUCCAGCAGAAACACUUGUCACACAGCGAAGCGGGGAACAUCCCUCUGUGGCUGCACAAGUUUUUCCCGUAUAUCCUUCUACUUGUGGCAGUACUUCUCUACCUGCCGUCCUUAUUCUGGAGGUUCACGGCGGCUCCUCAUCUCUGCUCAGAUCUGAAAUUCAUCAUGGAGGAACUGGAUAGAUCUUACAACAGGGCCAUCAAAGCCGCCAACAGCAUAAACGGCAAGAAGGACGGCGCCAGCUCCCCAAAAAUAAGUGACAACGUGGCACAGAGCUCGUGGGAGAUUUCAGAAAGCCACUUCAAAUACCCGUUUGUCGAGCAGUAUCUCAAGACCAAGAAUUUCUCCUAUCAUCUCAUAAUCAAGUACCUCAUCUGCCGUUCUCUGACAUUGGUCAUUAUCCUGCUGGCUUGUGUCUACCUCGGCUAUUACAUCAGCCUCUUUUCUUUGACCGAUGAAUUCAGCUGCAAUAUCCGGACCGGCAUAUUAAAGAAUGACACUUCACUGCCCUCCUUAAUACAGUGCAAGCUGAUUGCGGUGGGGGUCUUCCAGCUGCUCAGUUAUAUAAACCUGAUUGUGUAUGUUAUAAUGAUGCCGGUGGUGGUGUACACCAUGCUGCUGCCGUUUAGGAACAGGUCCAACAUUCUAAAAGUUUACGAGUUGCUCCCAACGUCCAGCGUCUACCAGUGCCCCUCCAAAAACUAUGACGACCUCAGCCUGUUCCUUCUGUUCUUGGAGGAGAACGUCAGUGAGCUGAAGUCCUUCAAGUAUCUUAAAGUGCUGGAAAAUCUGAAGGGUACCGGAGAAGACAUUGAUACCAUGCAGAUUCUAACAACGCUGGGAACCGUGAAGACGGACGCAGUUGAUGGCAAGCUAGCCGGCUUUAAAACUGGGGCCCCUGUCCCAAAUUAG